CGCACGAUGCGAGCAUGAUCCGUUUGVACCAACGCAAUGUUCUGUCUCCGCCGUCUGUGUCAUCGUCCUCGCAAAGGGCACCAACGAUUAUUUCCGCUUCUACGMAAAGCAGCCACACCUCUUAGCCAUCAACUCUCUUUCAACCGGUUCCAAUCCAGCCGCAACAAUUCUGGGCUUGUUCACACGAGUACAGACGCAAACGCAAACGCAAAGACAACCAUAAUCGCAACGACAAACCAAAGCAAACACCCUUUCGCAACGAACCCCAAAAUGCCCCGAAUCGUUGGAAAAUCCACGCGGGUCGUCGAAACGGACGGCUUCAGCAUCGACGAAUACGCCGGAAAUGUCGGCAGCAAGGACGACCGCAUGUCUCUCGCCGUCGUCAAGGUGGCAAAGCCCUACAGCGAGCCCUUUUUGACGCUGCACUACGACGAGUGGAUCGCCGUCCUCAAGGGCCGGGUGGACUGCCACGUCUUCGACGAGGAGACCCAGCRGGAGGUCCGGGCCGUCUCGGCCGGUCCGGGAGAAACGAUCUUUGUCGAAAAGGGGCAGCGCUUCCGGCCCGUCUUUCCCGUGGCCGACACCGAGUACGUCCCCGUUUGCAUACCUGCCUUCAAACCCGAGCGGUGCAUCCGGGAGGACGGGAGCGGUGGCCACGACGAGGCCGAGGAGAAGCGAAUCGUCGACCACCUUUCGAAGCUGCACGAACGGGCGGCCGAAGACGAACCCUCGGCCGCCGGUGCGGACGAGGGCAGCGGCAGCGGCAGCCGCAGCGACAACGAGGACCUCGCGCUGUACCACAUGUGCGAGGAAUCCCUCUGGAAGGCCUCGGUGGCCUCCGGCGAGGCGUACUUUCCCCCCACCUUUGCGCAGGACGGGGGCUUUACCCACGCCACGAGCGUCCCGGCAAAGCUCCUGGAGACCGCRAACCACUUCUACACGUCCUCGACCGACAGCUGGAUCUGCCUAAAGCUCUGCAGCGCCCGGACGCUCCGGCGGAAGUGCGGGAUCGCCACGGUCUUUGAGGAACCCAAGCCGGUGGGUUCGACCGACGUCAAAGAAGAAUGGAAAAAGGAGACCGACGAGAACGGAGAAGAAGCCGCCCUCUUUCCGCACAUCUACGGCGGGAUCCCCGUCUCGAUCCCGGGGAUCGUCGCCGGUGUGUACCCCAUGCAGCGCGACGCGAGCACCRGGAAGUUUUUGUCCAUCGACGGACUGACCAACUGAUACUAGCAACCAGCCAUUGUGUUCCACAUMUUGGUCCGUCUCUUGGUUGCACACACCGGUGACUGGGUCUCGUAUCCAACGGAAAURGCCACUGCGCGUUGCGUCCGAAUCGGUSAGUCCAACAAUUUCCCUAUCCACAGGUUAAGCAAGAUGACCAUGUUGCUGCAAACGCUUGAAGAAACUGUGUCGAUACUACUAUCUAAAACUUAGUAAGUAGUAAUAUUAAUCUGGCUAGUAACAACUACUACUUCUGGUAACCAUGACUGCAAUAACUAGUACUCAUUCUA